AUGCUCGUCGGAAAUGAUAAUUCUUUCUUUAGUGACAGUUCUACUGUUCUUUUCUUUUUUUCAGGCUCCAGAAUUGGCGUGAUAAACAGAUCGAUUAUGUUUGGGUCCAUAUCUUUGAAAGCAGCAGGUAGUCGAUUAUUUGUUGAUGUUGAUGGCAUUGGAGAUAUCGAUCCACCAGGAAGACAGUUCAAAGUUCCUGGGAAAGAUGCAGCUGUUGGUGACUACGAUGUUGAUGGUACAUUUGAUGAUGCAGUUGGCGGUAGAGUUGACGAUGCAAUUGACGGUACAGGUGGCGGAAAAGUUGACGAAGCAAUUGACGAUAAAGGUAGCGGUAGAGUUUACGAUGCCCUUGACGGUACAGGUGGCAGUAGAGUUGACGAUGCAGUUGGCGGUACAGUUGACGAAGGCUUAAAAGUAGAUGGCAUAAAACGGGUAUAUGCCACAUGACCGAAAUGAUGAAAGGAUG